GUUUUGUAGUAAUCUUUAUUAUUCAUUCACUUCAAAUGAAAUUCAUGGACAUCAUACAAAAUAAUAUAACAAAUUAAUUGCAGCUGUGAAUACACAAAUCAAAUGACAUAAUAGACAAUUGGAAAAUAAACAUAGCAUAUAAAUUGUAUCUGGACAGAGAUAUAAUCCAAAAUCAUAAAAAAUAACUUUUUCAACAACUGUAUGCAGCUAAAGCAACUUAAAAAAUAUGACAUUAAGGUAGCUACGCAAACUGAAUCAAUGAAUGUAUUUAUAUGCAUUCUCCCGCCCCAUGAGUCCCCCCCCCCCUGCAUAAUCAAGACACCAAUGCUGAACAAACUAACACACCAACAAAAACAACAGGAGAAGUAGGAGAAAAAAAUACCAUACACACAAAGGAGAAAGAGGGAGCAAGAGCGAGAGAAAAAAAGACAAGCAAAAUACAGAAACAAAAACAACAACAAGGAACCAAUAAACAGACAGGACAGAGAGCAGUUUACAGUGACAGUGAUUGAUCCUCUCCAUGCGCUGCCAGACGAGGGACCCCCUUCCUUUCUCAUCUUUUUUAUUUUGGUUGAUAUUAAAAACCUUUAAAUAUUCUAAUUUGUUUAUAGUGUCGCGUUAUUAUGUUAAUCACGAUUUCCAUUCUAAUGCAGCGCGCUAACAUCGUCAGCUUUCAUCUUCUACCGAUAGCUUCAACAACAAUAAUGAACUGCACGUCGUUGAUAAACAUAAAUCACCAACAACCGAACAGAAAAUAAAUUCGAUUUAGAAAGAAAUCCAAUAUACGAACUUUCGUCGGUCAAUCAUCGAAGUAGAAUUACACAAGAAAACCCUUUCCUGAUUUGCAUAUCCCUUCUCUCUGUACCUCUCCCUUUCAUUAUUUUUAUGGAGUCCCUCUCAUAUACCGGUGACGGUUCAUGACAAUGGUUUUCUGAAAUCGACCCGGUUCCUAUUUGAUAUAGUACAAAGACCUUGUCAUUUACAAUCCUUUCAAAACAUAUUCUCAAUAAACAGACCUAUGAGAAACUAUUAACGUAUACACGUAUCUGCUGAUUACAAUGGACUCGAAAAAUAUCAAUGAGUAAAUCAAUUGAAGCAUUUUGUUGUUAUCUGAUGCUUUGUAUAUAGAGAGUGGAUUACUAACUGGGCGUUAUUUAGAUGGUAUAUCUCCCAAAAUGGAUAGGAAACAUUAGGCCUAUUAACAUAUGAGAAACUGGAAAUAAUUGCGGAGCUACAUUCGGAUAUUUAUAUUAUGGAAUUAUUAUGUUUACUUAAUUUAACAGGUUAAUAAAUAUGAUACAGCCAAAGGUGUUGGCCAUAUUGGCCGAUAGUUGAUUUUGCAUAUUUUACAGUGGUCAUGGUAUUAAAAUGUUUGUAAAUAAAGACUAACUUUUUUGGCGCUUUUUGGCACCGGACCUACGUCCCAUCGGACGAUGGAGGAGCGCGGGGUUAGGAGGCUAUUAUAAUGGUCAUAUAAAAAGAAUAUCGCCCUUUCAAUCGGUCCUUAGUUCAGUCCGAAACCUCUCAACUGUUCUCACCCCACCAAUAAUCUCACUGUAAUUCCCUCCUCCUGGGUAGUCGGAAGACGAGACGAUGCGGCCGUUGAUUCUUUCCUUCGUAAUCGUAUUAACGCGAUGUUUGCAGUCACUUGCCGACAUCGCCUGGAAUCCACCGUCAUCAAAGACGUCGCAUCUUUCGUCACCGUCAUGGUCAUCGCAACAGUCUCAAAUUAGAUCGUUGAACUUCCUCAGCAUCUCAAGGUCGAUGGAUGAACUCAUGAUCGUGCUGCACCUCGACGACGUCUCGGCUAUCCAGAGGGUCGUCGGCGACCACAGAGGUACCCAGAUGGUUAUUCUCCAAGCAACAGACGGCAGGCAUCUCAUUCGUAAUAUCUACGAUCCAUCAUACAAUCUCAAGGAAUGUAAGGCAACAAAAAAUCAAGAUGACAUCGAUGAAUUCAGGUCAAGUUUCCAAACGAAAUAUUCCUUCGAGUAUCUUUCAGAAGGUAUCAUCCACAGAUACAAUCAACUGUCAUUGAAACGCUCCCAAUUACCCUCCCUUGCCAGUGUCAAUUUGGAGUAUGUCCACAACGCCACCAAGUCAACAGAGGUUUUUGUCCUACCGAGAACCACGAGGAAAGAGGUUAGACUUCAUCCUACGAUUCGGAUGAUGACAGGAGUCAUGGAGGCCCGAAGAGUAUGUCGAGACAUGGAGAAAAGUUUGAAGGCCCAUCUGAUGAUGGCGGAUAAAACUCGGAAUGGUGAUCGAGUGCUUGAUGACCAGGAGCUUGGCGUCUACGAAGAAGGUGUAGAGUUGGAUAUCGAGGAUGAACGAAUCAGCAGAGAGAGGAGGAGUAUCUUCAUCGUUCCUGGGACACUUUGGUGUGGAGCGGGAAACAUCGCAGAUUCGUAUGAUGAUCUCGGAGAACACGAAACUACGGAUAUGUGCUGUCGAGAACACGACCAUUGCCCUCAUACCAUCGAAAGCUGGCAAAAUAAAUUCAGUAUAUUCAAUCAUCGUCUCUACACCCUCAGUGAUUGCCGAUGUGAUGUCAAAUUCCGUGAUUGUUUGCUGAGAGUGAAUACCAGUGUAUCUCGUUCGGUUGGAGAUGCUUACUUCAACCUUCUAGGAUGCGCCUGCUUCAACAUCAAAGAAGAAGAGGAAUGCAUCUCUAGAUCGUGGUGGCCAUGGAAUGCUUGCUCGAGGUAUCAACAGAUUAAACGAGCCAUCGUCAACUUUAUUGGACCAGUACUCGAUUUCAUAACUAUGUAAUGAAUACUGAUGUAAAAGUAAAGAAAAACCAUGCCAAAUCCUUUCGUCCACUCCUUUCCCAAGCAAAGUGAACACCAGACACAGGUUUCUCUGGUGCCGCCCCGAUGUGCCGCCUGCAUACUCUCUUGUAAUAGAAGCUUGAAUAUUUUGACGAAAUAAAAAUGAAAAAAACAAACAAACAAACAAAAAAACAUGGUUUUACAAUGAAUUGCAAAACCAUGGUAAUUUGGAAGCACUUAUACACUGUUAGAAAAUUUAUCCUUAAAAUAAAAGAAGUUCCUGCAGCAGAGUCUCGAGAACACCUGUAAUCUUACCAGAUUGCGUAAUCUUACAGGAAAUUGGUAUUUGGUGUAUGGAACAUUACAAAUUUCCUUUAAUAAAACACCCUUUUCCCCUUUUUAAACAGACCUGUUCUGUUAAAUUGCAGAAAAAUUCCUGUUUUAUGAAUUUACAGAAUGAUUCUCUUAUUGCUUUCUGCAAAAUCUUCUUUUUCCCCCUGUAAAAUCAGGUUUUUUUAACAGUGUAGGCCUACAGUUCUUUUACAGUGGUUUUGAACGGGAUUUUAUUGUGGUAAAAAUCACAAUGAAACCGUUUCACCCAUGUUACUGUGGUAUAAGAUUAUGUUUAAAAAAUAACAAUUCAAAUGCACAGUUAAUUCAUGAUGGAUUAAACCAUAUUGGCCAUGGCAUAAAAAAACAUACACUUCCCUUAGUUUUGAUAUGGCUAUUAUAUGGGAAAAUCGAAGUGAUUUCUUUUUACAAGCGGGUUUGAUAAUGACAAUGAUCGGUAAAAAAGUAAUUUGUAGUAAUAGAUAGAUAUAUAGUAAUAGAUCAAACAAUGAUAAAAUUAGUGGUGGUAGUAGGAGUGUCAGCGACAUGUUGGCAUCAGUGGUAGAAUGGCGUUGCUAUAUGAUCAUAUUGUUAUUAUUGUCUAUUUCUAAACCAUUGGGGGAAUUGGCUAGAUGUUGUGAAACGAUAUUUCAUUCAGAGCUAUUUAUAAAUUAUGAUAAAUUCUUGACUAAUCAUUUUAAUAAAAAUAACCUUCAUGUUUCGCAUGUUCUCACAUGCUCCUCCUUG